CUCCCUGGGCUGAGCUGGGCACUGGGUGGGAGGGGGUGAGAGGAAACAAAAGGGAGACAGAGCUGGAUGUAAACACAGCUGAAGCCUGGUCCUUGGCUGUCAUCACACUCGGCAUGAGCCUGGCAUGUCAUGGUGACUGGUCAGCUGCCCAUUGCUGUUACCUGGGCAUGAGGUGCCUGGCUGGCACCAUCCUUGGGAAUCACCUGCGAGUGCCAGCGUAACGGGCAGUCCUCACCAGCGACCUAGCGAUGUCCUGCCAGGGGGAGCCGCUGCUGGAGACCAGGUUGGGGAGCGCGGAAUGCACGCCCACCAUGGUGAAGAUGGCAUUUCGCAAGGCAUACUCCAUCAAGGACAAGCUUGAAGCCAUUGAGAGGGUGAAGAACGGGGAACGCCAGGCCAGCGUAUCAAGGGACUUUGGGGUGCCGGGGGGAACUCUGCGGGGGUGGCUGAAGGACGAGCAGAAGCUGAGAUGGUUCCUCGACCAGUUGGGCGGAGAUGUGGGCACACAGAGGAAGAAGAUGCGCCUGGCCAACGAGGAAGAGAUUGACCGGGCUGUGUACUCCUGGUUUAUCGCGUUACGCCAACAGGGCAUCCCUCUCUCCGGACCCAUUAUCCAAGCGCAGGCCGAGGCCUUUGCCAAGCAGAUUUAUGGUGAGGAAUGUACGUUCAAGGCAAGCCAUGGAUGGUUUUGGCGCUGGCAGAAGAGGCAUGGCAUUUCCAGCCAGCGCAUCUACGGGGACUCCGAGGUCCGGCCGGCUGAUAUCGACCCAGUUCUAGCCUACCCAGAACAGCCCAAAACUCCGUCCAACGAUGGUGGCUAUGGUGAUGAGCAGAUAUACAACGCCAACAUCACCGGAUUGUAUUGGAAGCUGCUUCCAGACCAGACCCAUGAGAUGGUAGUAGCCAAGCAACCGAAUGGUUACAAGAACGUGAAGGACCGUGUGGCCAUUCUUUUGGCUGCUAACCUAACCGGCAACCAUAAACUAAAACCGUUGAUUGUUGGGAGGCUGCAUGAUCCACAGAGCCUACGCCACCACAAUCAAGAUAAGUUCCCUGCAAUCUACAGGCCCUGCAAGAAUGUCUGGGUGACCCCAGAACUGCUGAGAGAAUGGUUUUUCGAGGAAUUUGUGCCUGGAGUAAAGCGUUAUUUGAGGCGAUGUCUCCAACAGAAAGCUGUCCUACUGGUGAACCAAGGCCCUGGAAAGACAACUGAUGAGGAGCUUCAGACCCCAGAUGGCAAUAUCAGAGUCUUGUUCCUUUCCAAAACCACCAGAAGCAAAAUCCCAUCAAUGGACCAGGGAGUGAUCUCUUCCUUCAAGCAGCUCUACAAGCGGGAGCUCCUGAGGCUGGUGGUGUCCUGCGACAGCUCUCCCUCUGAUUUUUUGAAGUCUUUUAUGCUAAAAGACAUGAUCUACCUGGCAGGCCAGUCGUGGAACAUGAUACAGGCUGGAAGUAUUGAGAAAUGCUGGCUUCUCGGCCUAAGAGCGGCUUUUGAAAGCAGUGCUUCCGCAGAGACUGCGGGAGAUGAGUACAGUAAGGUCUUUUCUGACUUGACCAACUUGGCUGCUCUGGUUUACAAACGUAUGGCCCCUGAGGAUGUUGCAGAAUGGGUGCACCUCGAUGACUCUAUCCCAGCUGUGGAGGAGUCGUUGGAGGCCAGGACUACAGACUUGGCCAGCACCCCCCCGUUGGCCAGUGAUGAUGAGGGGGAGGGUGACUUAAUACCAACUGCUGCAGAGGCCAUUCAGGGGCUGGAGACUGGGCUACGCUGGUUGGAAGCUCAGGAUCCGCAGAAUGUGGGCCCACUGAAAAUAGUGCAGUUACGUUCCUUAAUAGCCACAGCGCAGCGGCUCCAACAGGCUGACUUACAGACCAAAGCCACAGACUGCAGCUCAUAACUCACAGGGGGAGUAGCCUGCGAGACAGGUGGCACCUUGCCUAGCGACACACUAUAGCGAUAGAUAUAUACAGUAUCACAAAGUGGCAGUAAUAUGCAUUUCCGUCUUGUAGCUCCUCCAGAGGUAUUGCACUACAUCACAGUCACCAGUCCACGUGCUUAAUACCUUCAUCUGUAAACCUUGCCUUGUUAACCAGUGUUAGGGGUCCACAGGAAAUAUGUCCGUGGUCUUUGUCUACCAGGGUGUAAAAGCAAAACAGUGCCGUGUAUCUGUAUUUUUGUUUUCCUGCAGAUUGGCAGAAGAGCUGACGCUUAACUUGAGCUUCCAUCUUUCAACCAGUGACCAGAAUUUUAUCGGCAGAGGUCCAUGAGUUUUCCAAAACACUAUACCAGUUGGCAGAUAUGUUUAAACCUUCAGGUUUAUUUAUUUGUACAUGUACUCUGACUACAUAUACUAAAUUCAUUGUUUUAGGUUUUUGUUUGGAAGCCUUCUGUGCUUUGCAGUCAUGUCUUUAUGUGAUCGUACAGAGUAGCUAAUUUUCGUUACCUUAGAAAAAGAGACGUGUAUUCUCGUCAUACAAUUGCACUCACUGCUUUCAGCAGAACUCGGGGAAAGGAAAUGAAACAACUCUCUGGGGGGGAAAGGGAAAUGUAAUAGGGUCCGAGUUUAUAAAAAAUGCCGGUUUAUCAGCUUUUGCUCUGCAGCAUUUAAAGCAGCAAUUUGUUUUUAUAAGCAAGACCAGCCUGGUUUUGCCUCUAAAAAAAUAAAUGCAACUUUAAAUCUAGCAACAAAACUUGGAAAAAUUGUCCUUGUUAAUUCACAUUUUAUUACAGUCCUGUCCGCCUAAUGAUUAAAAAACAUGGCUGAAACACACAGAAGCAAGCAAGAAAAAUAAAAAUAAACGCACUUAGGGGGAAUUCAGUUAGCCAUGAAAUCACCUUGUCGUGACCAGCGAAAAGCCGCUACUUAAUUGUCCGUAAAAAUUUAUUGGCGAUAAUUUUACAUAGGUUUGUCUCAGAUUUCUUUUCUCCAGCUCCUGGGCAGGUAAAAAGUUGGACAAAAUCCCUAUUUUAAGGUAAAAAAAUGUCGGGAUUUGGUUCCGAACCCCUGGGACACACCCCUGAAUAACUAGUUAGACACUUAAAAACUUCUAAUUAUUUUUAAUUGGACAAUUAUUACAUGUCAUUUUUAGGGUCAAAAAGUGGCAAAUGAUGGAUAUUGGGGUACAAGGUUGGGAUAGGUAUGUUGGGGUACUUUAUGAUGGAAUGAGUGUUUUUAGGCUUGCAGGUGGGAGUUAUCAAUUUUUGUUUUAAAGUGGCAUAAAAUGACUUAAAUAUAUACUUGUACCAAUUUGUAUGUACCCCCAAUGUAAUUUGAGCACCUAUUUUUCUGAAA